AUGAGGAUUGCGACUCUACAAAUCGCCCCCAAGCUAGGUGAUAUCGAGGGGAAUAUCAAACGGGCUGAUGAGUUGUUGAGCAAGGGGAUAGGCGUCCCUGAUGGGUCUGGAGUGGAGGCGGCGAGGGUUCGAGUUGAGGAUGCGAAGCUGGAUUUGCUGGUUUUGCCCGAGUUGGCUUUGACGGCUAUAAAGCCAUACCUUGAGCCAGCCGGGAAGGGACGCUCAGCCACAUGGGCCCGCCAGACAGCCAAACGGCUAGGCUGUAAAGUCUGCGUCGGGUAUCCCGAGGUCGAGGUUGAGACGAAUAGGAACGGAGACCAUGAAGAGAAAUACUACAACUCUCUUCUCGUUCUCGAUGAGCAAGGCAAUGUGCUCUUAAACUACCGCAAGACAUUUCUCUACUACACAGACGAAACAUGGGCUGAGGAAGGUUCCGCCGAACUCGGAUUCCACCAGCUUACAUUCCCCAACGCAAAGGAGAGUUCUGGUUCUUUAAAGGCUAGAGCCGAAGGUGAAGCCGCUAUUCUCCCUCCGCCACCUCAGUCGCAGGACAAACCGGACAAAGAAAUAGCUACCUCAUUUGGAAUAUGCAUGGACAUAAACCCUUACCGUUUUGAAGCUCCUUACACAGCCUACGAAUUCGCGCACCGUGUCCUCGAGUCUAAAUCCCAACUCGUCAUUCUGUCCAUGGCCUGGCUAACGCUGCUAAGUCGUGAGGAACUCGACGCCCUCGCAGAGAAGCCAGAGAUAGAUACAUUCAACUACUGGAUCCAGCGAUUUAUGCCUCUAAUCACAAAGCAGAUGAACCACAGUAGGAACGCCGAUGACGCGGAUGCAGACGUGGGUAGCACAGACGCCGACAAGAGAAUCAUCAUUGUCUUCGCGAACCGCGCAGGUGAAGAAGAUGGUUCUCCUUCACCCGCCCGGUAUGCCGGGACGAGCACGAUCGUUGCUGUGUCUCAGCGGCAGCGGACGACGGACUCCAAUUCUAUCGUAUCAAGCCCUUCAUCAGAUGAUGUCCAGUCAUCGCCAUUCGACGUGAAGAUCCUGUGCUGGGAUAUGUUAGGUGCGACAGAGGAGGGGCUGUGUUUUGCGGACACAGCGGCCGAUCCGAAGAUGGCGUUCCAAUUGAUUAGGGCGAGGCAAAUGCAGCUGGCCGCCGGGCUAGGGUUUAGCAAGUGCCCGUACCGGACCCUCAUCUAUAGAGAUGAUCCGAUACUCAAACUCUCCGGCAACAUGACACGCUUGGUGGGUAUUGGGUAUAGAGACUGCGAUGAGGAGUCAUCUGGCACUUGGAAGGAUUACUAA